AUGAGUGGCUACGGUCCUGGUGGCGGCCAGCUUUACACAAAGCCCACACCGCCGCAGAGGGGGAGUUUUCCUCUCGAUCAUGAUGGCGAGUGUAAGCAGGCCAUGUCGUCGUACCUGGCGUGCAUCAAGAAGGUCAAGGGUGUCAACGAGGAUUCUUGUCGCGAGCUUGCCAAGGCAUAUCUCUCAUGUCGGAUGGACCGGAACCUGAUGGCUAGGGAUGACUUUAAGAAUCUGGGCUUCCAGAGUCCU